AUGCCACCAAAACGAGCAGUGGCUAAGUCACGAGGACAAAAGAAAAGAAAAUCGGCUUCACCUUCACCCGUAAAACAGCAGAAGAAAACUAGGAGAGGUGUGAAAAAUCAAGUUGCUCAUGAGGAGGAUUCAUUUGUCUCAGCGCCCGAAAGUUUAAAUCAAAGCAAUGGUGAUCGAGAGCCAGUUUUCGAAGAUGCUCUUGAAGAGCAUGAAGAUUUGCCAAAAGAAGAAACGGAACAGAAAAUAGUGGAGAAUAAACCUCAACAAAAGUCUCGAGCUCGAAAAGCUCCCGCACAAGCAAGCAACAAGAAGACCUCAAAAAAGCCAGUUUUUUCCAAAGACGAGGAAAUCGAAGAACAACCAGAAGUUACUACAAAAAAUGAGUCACCAGAGCUAAAAACUGAAGUGAAAAGGGAAUCAACUUUAUCAGAUCAAGGAUGCAUGGUCGACAAAAACAUUAUCGAGUCAAUUUCAGGGAUCAUCAAUAUUCUACAAAGCAACGAUGAGGAUCUAGAAAAUUUCUAUUUUCAAAAUCUAAAAGCUAGAUUCGAGGUUCUUUUAGUAGAACCAAAGGAAAAAAAAGUUGAUUAUGUUCUGCGAAUGUUUAGCCGCUUGGCUGUGAUCUUUGUUGGUGAAAAGCUGUCAAAAGUCUUUGACUUUUUCUUUACUUCUUGUGAAAAGUGUCUCUUUUAUAAUUCAAAAGAACUCCAGAGAAAUUGUUUGAUCUUUUUGGGUCGUUUACUUGACAGUUCACUACAAAUUGGUCAAGGAAAGCACAUUCUAAACGCACAACAACGAGAGAAAAUCUUGAAAUGGCUACUUCUCUUUUCUCGAGCAAAAGAAUCCGAACUCCGAAUGGCUGUCAUUAAAGGGUUAUCAGUUGUACAAGAUGAGCCAGUCAAUGCAAAAGUUGUUUUCUCGCCAAAAGAUGCUCUUUACAAUUUAUUAUUUGAUGGUGAAUACCGUGUGAGAUGCGCCACAACGACGGUGGUGAGUCUGGCUGAUGGACGAUUUCGGAAUGUUUUGAUCGAGAUCGCGCUAAAUGAUGACCAAAUUGAGACGUCUUGUGCCGCAAUUAAACGCCUGUCCACUGAUGAUUUUCUUCAAUUCACUCCUACGCAACUCUACAAUUUGUUAGCGGGAACUCUCUUGGAUAGAAAUUUAAAUAUUCGGAAAUUCGCUGAAGAAUUUCUAUUGAUUGGUUGGAUCAAUCAGCUAGUUCAGCAAAAUGCCUCAAAUCCAAAACGAAAAGCAACGAAAUCUCGUUUUGACGGUGUUCUCUUUGCAAUCACAAACAUUCUCUUUCAUCUCGAGCCAGCAAAUCUUGCUCUACAAAAAAGGGUUUGUCGACGAAUCGUGGAGCGAAUUCUAGAGUUUUACCACCAGAAUAGCCCAAACACUCCAGCAAUAAACGAGUUCAUUCGAGACUUGCUCAGCGGAGUUGCACAAACGGAUGUCGUGGUCACGAAUUGGACCUUCAAAAGGAUCAUGAAACUACCUUUUGACACACUUUAUUCCGUGCUUUUCCUGUGGAGAGCUAUGGUGGAUUAUGUGCGAAAAUGUGCAGGAGACGAUAAAGGAGCAUUUACUGAUGCAUUGAUUCGACUCUCACCCUCAUUAAAAGAAACUGCUAGCGCUGUGACGAGAUUCUAUCUCUCAAACUUUCAACAAUUUGCAAUUAAUUUGAACGCUGAAGAGCACACAGCGAAAGCAUUUGUAUUAGAAGAUAUCAUAAAUGUACUCAAAGUAUUGGAAGCGGAUCGAUAUGGAUUAGCUGAAUAUCGUAAGCUGCUAUUACAUUUGUUAACAAAUAUGGUAAUCGAGCGAAGUGUGGUCGAGUUGGCGAUCUAUGAAUACAUUGAUACAUUCAUUCUUGAAGAAACGGUCAUUGAUGAGGGAUUUUUAACGAGACUUUGGGGUGAUUUGAUCUUCCAUUUGGAGGACACGAUCAACAAAUGGUACACAUUGCAUAACCACGAAUCUGCAAGUGAUGAGACUGGCGCUCCCAUUUUACUCGACGAACCCCUCGGUCACGCUUGUUUAACCUUAAAUGCAAUGGUGAAAAGUCGACGCUUCGAGAAAAUUCGCACCAUUGUCGUCAACACACUUCAUCGAUAUGAUAAACAACUGUACAAUAUAUUGGUGAUGGGAAUGGCGAGGACGUUGAAUCCAUCAGAAAAAGAAAUCUCGAUGAUUUAUCUUGAAAUGCUGACUGCUCUCGCGAUGCAGUUCCCAGAUGAGUACAAGGCGUAUGUGCCGGUUUUGGCAACGAUCGCCACUCAAGUUGAAGAUGAUCAAGCAUCUCAGACAAUCACCGCUCAAGCAUUAACAGAUGUGAUUUUGGGAUCAAGUUAUAAACAGAUGAUCGAGACAAUCGAGAUUGAGAGCAAUGGAACGAAAUUCGAUUUUGUCGAGCACUUGUAUGAGAUUAUACAGAAAAUCCCCUACGAAGAAGAUGGGAUCGAGCCGCACGAGGAGGCGAUUUAUGAAUGCGCCACGAAACUCGUCCUCAAUCAACCGAGAAUCCCAAAGAUCGAGAAAAUUCUGAGCGCACUGCUCGUUAGAAUGAUGCAUCCAAAGUGCGCAAAACAGCCCUAUCUUCGGUCGAUGUUCAUGAGUUUUUUUGAGAUUUUUCGCGGAGAUCGUUUCAAUCAAGGACUGAUAGUCGAUGCUCUUUUUCAUUUCUUUGAUCAGCGAGCACUGGGAGAUGAUCCCGAAAUUCCGGAUGCUUGGUGGAACUUGUUGAGUGCGAUUUCUUGUGAAAAUAUCACUCUCUUUGCUACAUUGAGCACCUCAGCUGAAGUGAUACAUAUGAUAAUGAGAAACAAAAAGCCUGUCGAUACAGAAGAUGAUGUGAGCAAACUAGAAAAUGAAGAAAUCAGUGCUCAAGUGAAUCUAUUGAGUCGAGUGAUCACUGUCAUCAAAAAUUACCUAACGACAAUCGAAGAUGAGGGAUUUCUUUGUCUUGAACAAAUUGGGAAAGAAAAAUAUGAUCUUUUUGUGCCAUUUGCUAUGAUUUUCAAAACAGUUAAUGUCGAUUUCGGAUUUUCUCAGCAUGCUCUAUGGACUUUAAAAGAAAGUGUCGAUGAAUUGAAAGAGCUAAUUGCAAAUGCAAAACCGCCACCGAAACUGCUGCAAGCGUUGCGUUCGUUUUCUCGGAGUGCUGAGACGAGAUUGGGAAGAGAAAGGAGUAAAACAAAAAGUCCGAUGAAGAAAAAACGAAACAACGAGGCAACACCAAGAAGAUUGACACGAAAAAAUGGAAAAACUGAUAAGCAAAAGAUUAAAGAGUUACUUAGCAGCUCAAAGUUGAAAGCUGAAAAUCAAGAGCGAAUGCAGAAAGGUCGAGUGAAAAAGAUGGAUUUUAGCGAAGAGACGAGUGAUGAAAAGGAAGUUGCAGCAAAUCGUCGCCAAAUGCCGCGCAGAGUCGCGAAAACGCGAGCCACCACAAUCAGGGACAUU